AUGGCUCUCCGGAAUGACACGAUGGAGCACGGCUUCCUCCCGGCGGACCCGCCCCCCCACUCCGAUCUGUCCCACCGGCCGAGGAGCGACCUCGCCUCGGAAUACUUCAACACCUUCAGCCAGAUAUGCGAGAACUACCGCGAAGACCGCCCCGCCGUCGAUAGCAUCCGCGUCUCCGCUGACAACUUGCGAGUCACAUCCGAGAUCCUCGACGGCAGCAGGGAGUUUAUCAGCACGGACUUCAUCAACGCGGAGUCCGCGGCUUUGAACGACAGGUUCCACAAGGAGGAGCAGGUGUUCCACUUCGGACAGCCCGACGCGUCCGCCCUGCUGCGCGUCAGGGCCAGGCGGAGAUACAACGAGGAGCGCGGCAUUCCCACCGUCACCAGCCAAGAGAGCGGGUACGGCAGCGAUGAGUUCGGCCACGACUCGCCCAGCAGGUACGCGUCGCCGAAGGGCGCCGGGGCCGGCGCGGCCGGCUACCAAGAGCCAUACUACGGUGGCGAGUGGGCGGCCGGCUACUACCAGCCGCCGCCGCCCUACCACCACGACCCAUAUGCCACCUCGCCCGGCAUAGGCGCUGGAGCGUCCGGCGAGCCCGGCGCGGCGGGUGGCGCGGAGCUGCCGCUGCCUCCGAUGUCCUCGUUCCGGGCCGCCGCCCCCGUCCACAGCCCCACGGACCCCAUGCUCGUCGCCAAACCCACUAUGCAGCCGAUGUACGGCGGCGGUGCGGGCGGCGCGGGAGGAGCGGGCGAAGCCGGCUCCCUCUCCUCGUACGGAUCGUCGCCCUCGACGCCGGUGCACUCACCGCCUCCGCUCCACACGCGCCUCUAUCCGCCUCUCAAGCACUCUCCACAUCACCCGCACCACACGCAUCACAAUGGACAGCAAGCGAAUUGGGUUUCGACGGGAGUUUCGUCACCUCCGAGCGCGUCCACUCCCCACGCGCCCCUCACCAAUGCGGUGCUCCCGAACGGCCACCACGUGGGAGUCUUCCCACCGCCCGUCAUGGGCGCGCCGGCUGAACAGAGGCAGCUCGACGAGGCCAUGGUCUUCCUGCGCGAGCACAACGAUGUCGGGGGCGCCAGGAUGGAGGAGCGACUGGACGACGCCAUAAACGUGCUCCGGAAUCACGCGGAGGCGCCCGACAUGUACCCUCAGGAUGUCCACGCACAUCAGCCGCCGCAGGCGAGUCGGCUGGGCGGGCUCGCGCAUCUUCAGCCUGAACCCGUCAAACUGGAGCGGCAUCUAUUACCCAACACAAAAAAACGCAAGGAGCCCCCAGACUCGGGCCUGGACUCGAAGCCAUCGUCGUCGGGCUCCGCCGACGCGCUCGCCAAGCCAUCCUCGAACAAACGAUCGCGCAGAUAUUUGUCUGUUAGCUGCUCGUCCGCGGACGAGGACGAACUGGAUCCGGACGCGAAGGCGGCGCGCGAGAGAGAGCGGCGACAGGCCAACAACGUCCGUGAGAGGAUACGGAUAAGAGACAUAAACGAGGCGCUCAAGGAGUUGGGCAGGAUGUGCAUGACGCACCUGAAGAGCGACAAGCCGCAGACGAAGCUCGGCAUCCUCAACAUGGCCGUCGAGGUCAUCAUGACGCUGGAGCAGCAAGUCAGAGAGCGCAACCUGAACCCGAAAGCGGCGUGCCUGAAGCGGCGCGAAGAGGAGAAGGCGGAGGACGCUCCCAAACUGCUCGCCGCGCCGCUGCACCACUACCAGCCCAUGCCGGGAAUGGGCCAGGUGCCGGGGCAGCCUCCGGCGGGUCCGCCGCAGCAAUAA